GCACCUGUCAUCUUUUGUAAUUUUCUUUUCUAGUGAAUACCGUGAUAACUUUGUUGCUUGCCCUGGGUGCUGCUGUCUGCGUAUCUGCAAAGGGUUAUGGGGCAGGCAUUGGAAUGGGUUAUCACCAUGGCUACCAAUACGCAAAAUACAUGCCUCAGCCAGCGUAUGCCCGAGUGCAGUACUACCGACCUGCAUUCGGUGGUUCGGGAUUCGGUACCGGAUUGGGGCAGGGUAGCGGAAGUGGAAAUUUGUUUGGGGGUGGAGGAUCUGACAUGGGCGGCCUUCUACCAGUCCUUGUCUUUUUCCUCGUGUUGGCAAUUCUCGCUCCAAUGUUGAUAGCCUCCCUGACCUCCAGCAACGAAGUGUUCUUUGACAGUCUGGGCAUGGGCGACGACGACGAUGAUGAUGAUGACGACGACGAUGAUGAUGAUGAUGAUGACAAAUAGAUUAGGUGAGUAUAAAGAAAGCAUGAGAGAAAGUAGCACUGCCUUUCAUUUCACCUGAAUUAUUUUCCUGCCAUACUUUUAUUCGUUACAAAUAAUAUAUACA